CACUGUGGCGCUUCACCUGUAUCAGAACAUGGACUUGCGCUUGACGGCGAGUAACACGGAUCAAUACGAGGAAAGUUGGACAACCGCAGCCUAGUCUGCUGUUAUAAGAGACGUUUUGUGUCAAUUGUAGAGUUUUAAACGACAUGAAUCAGCUCCGAGCGUGAAAGCGACGACUUUGCUUCGUUCAGUACCCGGAACACCUGGAUUUUCGCUUUGCGGGUGAGAGGGAUGGACGUUCCUCAUCUCACCGAAGAUGAAAUGGCAGAGAUUAAAAAGGACGUGCUGACCAGACUGCGCCACUACCUCUGCGACAAGAUCAGAGCCGAACGCCACCUCGACUACCUGCGCUCUCGCAGGAUCCUGACACGGGACGACGCGGAGGAAAUCAGCUGCAGGACCACGCAGACCAAGAGGACGGCCAUGCUGUUGGACAUACUGGCCGAGAACCCGCGGGGCCUGGACGCCUUGACUGACUCCAUAAGGGAGAUGCGCUCCCAAAACUUCAUCAUCACCAGAAUCACAGAUGAGGUGCAAAGGGCCAAAAAUGAGAAGAUAGAGUCUCUCAGAGCACAGGCUCCCAGCUCCUCAUCUGACAGCAACCUCAGCACUCCGAGCACAACCAGCGACCUCCCCACCAUGUUUUCACACAACUCCACGCUGCUCUUCCACCCGGACGGAGAGCGCAGCCCGGCCACCUCAGACGUAGCAGGCUCGCUCAACCUGCCGUCGUUACAGAGAGGAGGAGACUCGCCCUCUGGGGCUGGUGCGAGCAUCGGCGUGGCUUCCUCCACGACCUCCUCCAGCCUCCCGAGGCCCGGAGACCCGGGAGCUCCUCCGCUGCCUGACGAGGGGAUGGUCGAAUCCCCCUCCAACAUAGAUGCCGAAGCGUCGGGGUGCAGCAGCAGCGGCGGGGACCCAAACUUCCAGCCCCUCCGGUCGCGCUCGCUCACUCCAACGUUUCACAGGAGCAUCUUUUAAUUUCACAUGUCAAUGAGACAGUUCUCAUGCAGUUAAAUGGACAAACCGACAGAAUCCUCAACCACUCAUCUCAUAAAGGGGCACGCUUUCAUUGUGUCUCACUCUUUCUGGUGUUGCCUCAGGGGUUAUACUACUACUUUACCAAUUAGCUUCUUAUGUGAGAAAAUGAGGGCAGUUUGUGAUACUGGGGCUGAUCCAAAAUCAGGUCAAAAUAAUACCUUAGUUUUAAGAAUAUAUACAUGUUUUUCUAUAAAACCCCUGUUUUUCUAAAAGAGGCCACAUGUCUCAAAUGUUAAAUGUUUAAAUAGAAGCAGGUGUACAAGAAAGUAUGCUCAAUAUAAUAAAGGCAAAAUUAUGAUGUAAAUCCAAAACUGUCUGAUCAAUAAAUAAGUAAAGAAGGAGCACUGGAUGCGAGCUUUCGGUAAUUCAUACUUUCCGAUAUUCCUGCUUCAAACACCUCUUGGGGGUAUUGAGGUUUGGUACCCAUGUCAUGAGCUAAGAAAGUCUGACUCAUCCACUCCCACCUACUCUUCUGUUAGCAAAGGUGUGAUUCUCUGAUAAACUGUGCAGUGUGCAAACACAGCAGCCACAGUUUAGGUGCAAUGAGAACGUUUUAUACACUGGAAUGACUACUUGAGCCUUUGUGUACGUGGGCCUGAUCUCAUAAGACGCUGCCUUUGACCAGAGUGACGUAGCUCCAAGUGAUGACGAUUUGUCCCGUGCAGCAUUAAUUCAACAAGAAGUUGCUUUACAUCGUUUUGUCACUACACAAGUCCUGAAUCGUAAAGAAUAUUGUGAAAAAAACUGCUUGUUACUGGUCAUGUACAAUCACCUGUUCCAUACUAAAGGUUUUCUAUAUGAAGUUGUGUUUUCUUUCUUC